CACAGUUUUUGUUUUGAUCGAAUUUCGUUUCGACACGUGAAAAAGAUUAUAAUCAAUCAAUUUUUGAUUGAAAAAGUAGAAUUUUUUCGUGUUUUAUUUGUAUUUUUUAAAUAUAAUAAAAAUGUCUGCGCCAAUAACAACAGCAAUGGAUAGUUUAGGAGCAGCUCUAAAAUCAAAUAUCAUUCCUAAUCAAGAAUAUUUGUUACAAGGUUCUGUUUUGGACAGCACCGUUGAAGUGUUAUUGCACAGGUUAAGAGGCUUGUGUGAUAAUGUUGAUAGUGGUCCUGAAACUUUUAAUGAUCAUGAAAUGUGCUUCAGUAUUAGAAGGGGUCCACCACCAGAUCAGCCAUUGUAUUUACGAGUUAGAAGAGCCAUGGAUCAUACUGAUAUGCCCUGGCAAUUGAGAUACAUUGGUCAACCGGAGCUUGGUGACAAAUCAAGACCAACAAUUGUUAGAAGUAGUAUAGAUAUUGGUACCAGUAACACAGUUGUUGAAUUUUUAACAGAACUAGGCUGUAGAUUAGACUUUGAGUAUAUCGUUAGAGGAUAUAUGUUCAGGAAAGGCAGAAUGAAGGUUACAGUUUCAAAAAUUUUCAAAAUGAGUCCAGGUAAAAUUUCUGAAGGAGUAGAACCUAUUUCACAGAGUUAUUUAGUAGAACUGAGUGUUCUAGCACCAACAGGUCAAGAUGCUAUAGCUGAAGAUAUGAGAAUAUUUGCCGAACAACUGAAACCGUUGGUGCAAUUAGAAAAAAUUGAUUAUAAAAGACUGGCCCAUUAAUUAUUAUUUUAGAUUUUUAAUUAUAAACUAUUUAAUUUAUUUGAAGUAUCAUUGUCAGAGAGAUUUUUAAAA